CAUAUAUCCAUUUCAGCACCAGCCUACCUUAACCUCUCACCGCCAUCUGAGCCCCUCCCGCCCCCCAUCGCUCUCAAAGACACGACUCCUCUCUUUUACGACACAUCACAUCGGCGACACGACACUCAUCAGAAUUAUAGAAUUUAGGGCGGAGACUCGCGAUACGAUAUGACUUUCAGCGUCGAUGACCUCGUUGCUUCCUUUAACUCGGGUGGCCAUAUAGGCCAAGAGGCCAUUGAUAUCGCUAAUCUACAGGCUCAGCUUGCACAGACCCUUGCUUAUGCGCAACAUCAGCAUCAGCAGCAGUUCGCCUCACCGACUCACGCAUUGUGCAAUACCCCAACGACUGCGCGUACACCGACGACAAGUCUUGGAAACUGGUCCGCAUUUGAACAGCAUCAGCAUCGAGCACGAAGCAGGAGUUCGAGUGUUGUGGAGGGAGGGGGGAUGGCGACUAGCAUGGAGACAGUAAACGAGGAUAUGGAGAUGGACGAAGAUGAGGAGCUUGCCGUCGAACAACUCCUUUCCCCACAAACCCAGGUGCAACCCAUGCCAGUGCGCUACCGUGGACGAGCGGAGUCACUUUGCGCACAGCAGCAGAAUCAUAGCCAUGCAUAUGCGCCUACGCCGGCAAGCCCGAGUCAUAUGCGGGGCGCUCUCGCGGACCCAGAGCCUAUGUUUGUAAACGACUCCUCAUCACCCCUAUCGACGAGUUUCGCUUCCUCUGAUCCAUUUUUUGCUGCCGCUGCCGCCGAGUCUACUCGGCAAAGUCAAAAUCACAUACAACAAUCCUCGUUUUUCGCGCAGAUCGGUCGACCCUCACAGCAAUCGCCUUUCUUCGCGGCAGCAGCGGCCCAAGCGAAUACGACCACAUCGCCUCAAAAUCAGUUCGGCACUGUACGUUUUGCGGCGGCAGUCGAUUCAUGAGGACGCGCGCACUAUACCGCCAUUCUGGUCGAUAUUUGCUCACGGCCCGCCCUUCCCCGGAUACGAGCGAACUUGUAUUUCCUUUCAGCUCGUUUGUGUAUUGAUUACGAUUGUACGCGCAUCCUCCUGGCUCGCACGGCUACCUUCGAUGAAUGCCUUGUUGCAUAUACGCAUGCUUCUCUUGUGUUCCUUCGCUCGGUUCAACUGCGCCUUCUCCUCUUGUCCAUCGCAACGCAUCCUAUCUCAACCUCCGCUCAACACAGCGUUUCCUCUUUGUCCUUGUAACGACCAGUUCCAGCUCCGCUUCAAGUCUCCAUCCACUUCCUUGUUUAAUCCAUCUAUCAGUACCGCAUUCAUCUGAUCUACCGAGCCAUUGCGGAUUCGGUACAUAAACGAAUUAGAGCAACACUUUCUUUGUGCUUCUAUUCCCCUUUUUCAUCGCUUGGCCCUUCCCCUGGUUGUCCUGGCGUUUCUUUCACUGUCGAAAACGGGAUUUGGCAUGCCGAACGACGCGUGAUGGACGAAAAUCCUAAACCGAAAGUGUAUACGACUCCGUCAUGAUUGUAAUCGUCAUCGUUCUCGGUGGUGUUUCAGUUGAGUCGGUGGCGUUGAUUGUCUUUGGAUCCAUCCGGAUUUAGUGAUCCGCUGUUGUCGCCUCCGACUCCACCUCUGCUUCGGUCAACUACGUUUCGAGCCUCGAACGUCCAGCACCAUCACACAGUCAACAGUAACUCCAGUCUUCUUCUACCCGUCCACAGCGGCACAUGGCGAAUGUCUUUGUUCGAUGCGACUCCGUCGGGAUUGAUAUUUUAUCCACUUUCCCUACAUUCACGACGUUUAUCCUUUAAAUCUCUUCUUUCCUUUUGCUUUGUUCUUCUAUAUCGUGUGUUUCAUUGCCCCGUGAUGACUGUUCAAUAUGUAUAAAACUACACGCAAAGCUCUUCUCUUCAUUUCUGUUUCUUAAGUAUCUUAUUAUGCUGUUGUCGUCGUUUGUUUGAUUUUUUAUUUGUGGUCUUCUACAUUGUAACAUAUGUACAUAUCGUAAUUGAGGUGGAGUUCUUUUGACUCCUUGCUUUACUCGGUCUUUUUGUUUUCUGCUAUAAACAAUUGAGUAGGCUUCUUUGCCUCGUGCACGGUGUAUAAGUUUAUUUUAUUAUUUC